CCUAGCUACCACUUCAACCUGCACUGGUCUCUUCACACUCUCCUCGCGACCAUCGGAGUUCAGCGGCGCUCGCACAUCAAAGAAAUCAAGUUCGUGCCACGGCGAGGAGCGUCGUCGGUGAGCGUGAUCGGUCCGGAAAUGGUGAAGAGCGCGCAGCAGCAGGUGGCGCUUGGCGGCGACGGCGGCAAUGCGGCGGCGGCGAGGCAGGGCGGCGGCAGCGGCGGGAGGCAGCAGCAGCAGCAGCAGCAGUACAAGGGCGUGCGGAUGCGGAGCUGGGGGUCGUGGGUGUCGGAGAUCCGGGCGCCCAACCAGAAGACGCGCAUAUGGCUCGGCUCCUACUCCACCGCCGAGGCCGCCGCGCGCGCCUACGACGCCGCGCUGCUCUGCCUCCGGGGCUCCGCCGCCGACCUCAACUUCCCCGUCCACCUCCCCUUCCACGUCCCCGCCGCCGCCAUGUCGCCCAAGUCCAUCCAACGCGUCGCCGCCGCCGCCGCCGCCACCGCCGGCAGCCCCCUGCAGCCUCCCCACACCAUGGCCUCCUCUGCCUCCUGGCCCGGCGCCGCCCCGCCGUGCGGCUACGGCGACAACGCGCCGUCCUUCGGCUCCCCGGAGGACCAGUCCGCCCGCCACAGCAACGCCGACGACGACGAGACCAUGGCGCACGGCGACGACGGCGUGGACUACGACGCGCUGGCGGACAUCGACGCCUUCUUCCAGUCGCCCAAGUGCAUGGACUACGCCACGAUGAUGGACCCGUGCAGCACCUUCUUCGCGCCGGCGCCCAUGGCGCCCGUCGAGUGGGAGGAGGAAGGCGAGAUCAGCCUCUGGAGCUUCUCCUCCUACAACUGAUCGAGCUCAAAUGGCAGCUCCGGCCACGGCCAUGGAGGGCAUUUCAAGCUUCGGCCGGUCAAAUCACCACUAAGCAAUUCCAUCAAUACUGACAGAUUAAUUACUCAACUACCACUACGAGUGACCAAGAAUUGGUCACGGUAAAAAUAAUCGCGGGCCAUGAUCAAUUCUUACUUCAUGGCCUCGCGAAGGAUGAUGAUUAAUUAUUAUUUCAUUCAUAUUCCGUAGCUAAAUAUAAUAUGCUAGUGCCACUGGCGUACUAGUAGUACUACGUAUCCGUACUAGGCCAAUUAUACAUUUGUGGGGGAGCUCUGAUGGAGCUACAUGUUUUAAGGCAGCUUCCAUGGAGCCAACUCCCUUCAACUAGUUUACAUGUGUACUAUGUGUAAAAGCUGUUUGUGCAAGUGUGCAAGCAAUGGGUUAUGAUGA